AUGGGAAAAUGGGGUACCCUGUUUGUGUUGCUUGUACUAGUUACAUUGCAUGCAAGUGCUGCACGUAAUGUGCCACGGGGUGGUGGUGAAAAUGAAGAACAAACUCUGGGUGUGCAUGCAACCGCAUCACAAACGGAGUCUUCAAGGAGCCAGGGUGUGGGUGAGAAGAAGAACUUUUUGGUUGGUGGGGUUGGUGGAUUUGCUGGGAUGGGUGGUUUUGUAGGUGGCGGCGCAGGGGGGAUCGGAAAGGUUGGCGGAAUCGGUGGCGGGGUCGCCGGAGGGAUAGGCAAGUUUGGUGGAAUCGGUGGUGGGAUUGGGAAGUUUGGUGGCAUUGGUGGUGGAGCUGGAAUUGGUGGCUUCCAUGGCAUUGGUGCGGGUGCAGGAAUUGGUGGCUUCCAUGGCAUUGGUGGCGGAGUUGGAGGUGCAGGUGGUGCUGGUGGUUUGGGUGGUGUGGGAGGUUUAGGUGGUGCUGGUGGUGGUGUUGGAGGUUUAGGCGGCGUUGGAGGCUUAGGUGGUGCUGGUGGUGGUGUGGGAGGUUUAGGUGGUGUUGGAGGCUUAGGUGGUGCUGGUGGCGUUGGGGGCUUAGGUGGCCUUGGAGGCUUAGGUGGUGGUGCUGGUGGUGUCGGAGGCUUAGGUGGUGGUGCUGGUGGAGGCUUAGGUGGUGCUGCUGGUGGCUUAGGUGGUGUUGGAGGUGUAGGUGGUGUGGGUGGUGGUGUAGGUGGUGGAGGAUUAGGAGGAGUGGCUGGUUUGGGUAACUAG